AUGUCUAAACUGGCAUUGUUCAAUGUGUAUAUAACUGAACGGCUAACAGCGGUGGCUGUGGAGAUAGCCGGGGUGGUAGAGAGAACAAUAACAGAAUACCAGGAAGAAAUCUCUCGUUCAAAGGAGGAGAACGAACGUCUUCGACGGCUGCUGGAUUUCAAACUGCACAGAACAGACCCCCAGCAGCUCACGCUCCCAGUCUCUGAAGAGGAGGUUCCCCCUGCGCGGCAGCAUGGUGAGCAGAAGUGGGGCCCCAAUCUGGGGCAGAAGGACCCAGAGUCCACACAGAUUAAAGAUGAACAAGAGGAAAUCGGGACAAAUCAGGAGGAAGAGCUUGAAAGGCUAGAAUGUGAUACCAACGACUCCAUAUUCACUGUCUGUGAGGAGAGAGACAGUAACCCACCUUAUCCGCCCUAUCAAAUGGAUUUCUCAAGCCACACUUUCGAGAGCAAAGAGGAUGAUGUGUUAUGCAUCCUCAUUCCUAAAGAGAUCAAAACUGAGCCUGAUGGAGAGGACUACACAGUAUCAGAAGCAACCAGUGCCUCUCAGUCCCUAUCAGAAGGAUAUCUAGGCUGUUCUGCAGCUCAGAGUGAAAACAGCGGAAGUGACAACGAGGUGGAGAGUGGGGGACAACCGUCAGGGUCAAAGCCACUGGAAUCAUCCAGAAAAUGGGCAAAGAAAGAACUAAGCUUCCAUACUGUUGCUGGGGGCAGGGCGACCACAAAUGCUUCUCCUUAUUGUUGCAAGUUGUGUGGAAGUACAUUUGUGUACAUUGGUCCUUUAGUUAACCAUGUGAAAAAUGUACACACAAAGCAUACGAAAAUGUGCGGUGUGUGUGAAGAAAUCUUUGAGUCCAUGGCAAGUCUGACAGAUCACCUGCAAACCCACAUAAAAGCAACACGUACUUGUAAUGUUUGUGGCAAAUGCUUCCCUAGUGAUGCUAAUUUGAGAACACACAUGGUGUCUCACACAGGAGAGAAACAGUAUCAAUGCAAAGAAUGUGGGAAAUGCUUCAAAACUAAGGGAUAUAUGAAAUUGCAUAUGAGACUGCACACUGGGGAGAAACCAUUUCAGUGCAAAGAAUGUGGAGAAAGUUUCACUUGUAAUGGAUACUUGAAAGCACAUAUGAAGUUCCACACAGGGGAGAAAUCAUAUCGGUGUAAGGACUGUGGGCAAGACUUUGACCAGAAGACACAACUGGAAACGCAUAUGUGGACUCACAGAGGUGAGAAACCACAUGGUUGCAAGCAGUGUCCCAAAAGCUUCAAGCGCAAGGAAGAACUGACCAGACACACAGCGGUUCACACAGGAGAGAGACCUUUCAAGUGCACUGUUUGUGGACAUUGCUUUGCCACCCCAGGCAACCUGACACAACACCUGACCACUCACUCCGGAGAGAAACCGUAUCGGUGCAAAUUCUGUGGCAGAUGCUUUAGAAAUAAUCCGCUACUUAAAAGUCACCUGAGGAACCGUCACAAAUUUCAUGAAAGUGCCUGAUUCUCAGAAUAUGACUUAAAGGACAAGUUAAGUUUUUCCAACCAAAUCUCUAUUUUUGAUGUAAAUAGCAUGUUCUUGAAGAGUACAGACACCUUUUUUUGUGAUUUUGCACGUUUGAGAAGCUUUACACAAACGGCAAAUCACUUCCUCAUCCUCGUUGUGUAGUAUGCAGUCCCUAAAAAAAGCAGGAACCAAGGCUCCAAAAACACCCAAAUGUGUACUUUUAGUUCAUUCUGAACUUUAUCCACAAUGUUAUAUUACCUUGCACAAGUCAUUUCCCUUAUCCAGCUGUUCCAUUUUCUGUGUAGCCUGCUGCUACAUAACUGACAAAAUAAAGGAAACACCAACAUAAAGCAUCUUAAUAUGGCAUUGGGCCGCCACGAGCCGCCAGAACAGCUUCUAUACUCUUUGGCAUAGAUUCUACAAGUGUCUGGAACUUCCUGUGUGGAAGCACCCCAUGCUUUCAAUAUCACAUUUUAUUGGUCACAUACACAUUUAGCAGAUGUUAUUGCGGGUGUAGCGAAAUGAUUGUGCUCCUAGCUCCAACAGUGCAGUAGUAUCUAAAAAUGAUUCACAACAAUACACACAUCGAAAAGUUAAAUCAUGGAAUUUAUAAAUAUUAGAUUGAGCAAUGUAGGCGUGGCAUUGACUAAAAUACAAUAUAAUAGAAUACAGUAUACAUAUGAGAGAGUAAAGCAGUAUGUAAACGUUAUUAAAGUGACAAGUGUUCCAUU